AUGAGCACAAACACACCCCUCGACGACCACCAGCAGAUGCACGCCGCCUUGGCCUGGUCGCUGACCAUCGCCUGGUGGACCGUCUACCCCGUGGGAAUCAUCCUCUGGCACCUCGCAUGGACCGUCGUGUUCCUCUUCAAGCUGCUCUACUGGCCCGUGGCCUUCCUGCUGCAGCCCGUCUUCUAUCUCGGGCGCUUCAUGGUCGCAUGUCUGGCCUUGCCGUACACCUUGGCAGUCCGGCUUGAGGUGCGCGGUAUCUUGAACGAGUCACUGAUAACAAUACUGACGUGUAGCAGACGAUCUAUAUUUAUCUUGGCAUCGCGGCCAUCGUCGGCGUCCUGGGAGGCCUUACUGGCCGCGGAGUCUACAGCAUUUUGCGGAAGCUGCUUUCUUUGGAUAAGAAACCGGUAGCGACACCACGCCGCAGUGUGAAGCAAUAUCGCGAGGAGAAACGCCAAAAGAAGCUCCGGGACGAGCCUCUGCUUGCUAGUAGCCAAACGGCACGCCCGCUCUCGCCAGGCUCCGUGAGCAUGUCUGAUAACGGCGCCCGGAGAAGCAGACCACAGAGGGGACUCCUCAAUCAAAUCAUUCACGAAGAGGACGACUCUGAAUUCUGA